AUGGCUUUCGUAUAUUUAUCACAAAAAACAAAUUCUUUUUUAAAUUCUUAAAUUAAUUCAAACACUGGUCCCGGAACUUAUAAUAUCCGUAAUGGAUAUAGUAUUAAGAAAUCAUAUGCAGGAUUUGGAUCUACUGAAGAACGUUAAAAAAAUAUCAAAGAAUAGUAAAUUACUCCAGGUCCAGGUCAAUAUUAAACGGAUAUAACUUAAUUAAAUAACCUUAAAGAGUUAUAAAAUGAAAAAGUAAAAUCAUUAUAAAUCAAAAAGCCUUCUUAAUAUUUUAAUUGCACAUCUAAAAGAUUUGAAGAAAACUCGAUUAAAUAAAAAGAGCUUAUUCCAGGCCCAGGAUUUUAUGAUUUUGACAUUAAUUAUUUAUAAUAGAAUAAAAUAUAAGAAAACAAUAAAUAAAGUUAAAAAAUAGAUAUCAUAGAUCAUUUAAUGAAAUUAAAUAGAUAUUAAGUUGCUCCUUCUAUUCCUUCAAAAGCAAAUACUUAUGGAUAUUCUGAAAACGAAAACGGUGAAUUAUCACUUAAUAAGUUACCUAUGCAUUUAUACAAUGGAGAUUAAAUAGAUUCUGUUGGACCAGGAUAUUAUAAUCCUGAUGAUACUAUGUUAAGGCAUAAUCAAUAAGGAACAUAAUGGCAUAAAUAUUAAUCAAGAACAAUUGGAAUUUUAAGAGACUCAGCAAAUAAUAACAUAGGACCAGGUUCAUAUAAUGCUUAGGUAAAAUAAAUUCCUUUGUAUAAAUUAAAAUAAAGCCCAGCUUUUGCAAACAAAUAAGCCAAAUCUUUAACAAAAUAGAAAUCUGUUUAAAGCCUAAAAACUUAAUCAAGUUUAAAAUAUGAGAAGGAAAAUAAAGAAAAUAGCGAAGAAAUAAAUCCAGGACCAGGACAUUAUUUUAAUUAAGAAUACAAAAUAUAAACAAAAGCAUAAAAGUUUCAAAACUUUGGAUCAUUUACUCCUAGUAGGUUUAAUCAAAACGAAAUUUUUCAAAAUAGAGUAGGUCCUGGAUAAUAUAAUCCUGUUAUUAAAGGAUUAUUUGAAGUAAAGCAGCCUUUAUAAGUGUAAAAAAUAAAAUAACCUCCUUUUUUAUCAUCAAACUCACGCUUUGAACUUUCAGAUAAAAUAAUUGAAAAUCUUUAGAAAGGAUACAAAGGAAAUUUUGGUACGAAAGAUAAAAGAUUUAAAAAUAAAAUAGAGGAAAUACCUGGUCCAGGAUCUUAUAUAGAACCAUUUAAAGAAUAAAUAUAAUAAAACGCUUAAUCAGCUGUUUUCAAAUCUAAUUUAGAUAGAUAAAUAAUAUUUUAAAAUCCCAAAGAAUAAAAACCUCCUAUUGGAGCAUAUAAAUUAGAUUAUUACGAUAUUUAGCAUAAAUUAUUAAAUAUUUAGAAUGUUGAUCCCGAAAUAAAACCAAUUAUCCCUAAUUUAGGAUUUGGGUGUUAAGAAAUAAGAUUCAAAUAAAACAAUAUUAUAGAUGAAAUUUAUGAAGAAGAAGAUGAAUAAUAAAAUUAUAAAAGCAUUGAUUAAAAAACUAAAAAUAAAAAAGAAAGAAAUACUUUACCUUAGGCUUAAAGAUUUAAUAAUAAAAAGGAGCCAGAAGGUCCUGCUCCUGGAGAUUAUAAUAAUAAUGGAUUAAGUUGGAAUAAAAGAACUUAUAAUGUUCAUUUUGCAGCUUUUUGA